AAAAGGUUGAUAUUGAAUAUUUAAAUUUAAAUGGUUUCAAAUUAAUUUAUUUUUGCUUAUUUAAGAUAUAUAAAAGAAUUCCAUACAAAUGGGUUCUUCUUUCUCCAUUAUUACUCCGUUUUGUUUAUGUUUAACUUUGCUGAAUAUUUCUUUCACGAGCGAAGCCUGAGUCUCAGACCAGACCACCGCGUCAUCUUUCAUUCUGAAAUCCAAUAAUUCACUCCUUUACUUUUUCUGUAUUAUUCUCUUUUCUUCUUUCUCUGUUGAUACUGUAAGAGAAAUUCUAUACCUUUUUCUUUAUAAUCAUGGCUACCUUAAAAACCAAGCAAGAAUAACACAAACCAAUCCAUUUUCGCUUUCUCUCUCUGUCGUAAACUAAAGAAAAGGACCACCACCAAAACCCACUCUAACACCCACAAAAAGUCUUCUUCUUUAGCCCACCUUCUUUCCUUUAUCUACCUACUUAGCAUAAUAUGUCUCACAUCUUCAGGGACAAAUCUUUAGGCAAUUCCAGUAGACACGCUCAAAACGGCGCCGUUGCAGUGACCAUGGCUGUUUACCCUAUUCAAGACCUUCAAUCUCCUUUCUCUGAUGCAGCUCCCAACUUGUCCGAUUCGGAGCUCCGAGAAUCCGCCUAUGAAAUUCUAAUUGGGGCUUGCCGGACCUCCGGGACUAGGCCGUUGACUUACAUCUCACAGUCGGAAAGAACUUCGGAUAAAGCUUCGGCUCCUUCGACGGCGGCGGCGCCGUCGCUUCAGCGGUCGUUGACGUCAACGGCAGCAAGUAAGGUGAAGAAGGCGCUAGGGCUGAGGUCGGGUCCCACGAAGAGGAGAACCGGUGGUGCUGGUGACUCGGUGAAUGGAGGGAGGGAGAAGAAGACGGUGACGAUUGGAGAGUUGGUUAGAGUGCAAAUGAGAGUAUCGGAGCAGACUGAUUCGAGGAUUAGGCGAGCGAUGUUGAGGGUUGCUGCUGGUCAGCUUGGAAAACGCAUAGAGUCAAUGGUUCUUCCUCUGGAGCUGUUGCAGCAGCUCAAGUCUUCAGAUUUUCCCAAUCAACAAGAAUAUGAAGCUUGGCAGAAGAGAAAUUUGAAGCUUCUAGAAGCUGGACUGCUUUUGCAUCCUAACAUGCCACUUGAUAAGUCUGAUACUGCUCCAAGGCGACUCCAACAGGGUAUUCAUACAGCAUUAGAUAAACCGAUUGAAACUGGAAAGAACAAUGAAUCAAUGCAAUUUCUCCGAAACCUAGUUAUGUCUCUUGCCUGCAGAUCAUUUGAUGGGUCUGUUUCUGAAAGAUGCCAUUGGGCUGAUGGGUUGCCAUUGAAUUUGAGACUCUAUCAAAUGCUCUUAAAUGCUUGUUUUGAUAUUAAUGACGAAUCAAUUGUUAUUGAAGAAAUUGAUGAAGUUUUAGAACUCAUAAAGAAGACUUGGCCAGUCCUUGGGAUGAACCAGAUGUUGCAUAACCUCUGUUUUUUGUGGGUUUUAUUUGACCACUAUGUUGCAACUGGCCAAGUUGAGGAUGACCUAUUGUUUGCUACCAAUAAUCUGUUGAUGGAAGUUGAAAAGGAUGCCAAGACAACUAAGGAUUCAGAUUAUUCCAAGAUUUUGAGUUCCAUAUUGAGUUCAAUAUUGGGUUGGGCAGAGAAAAGGCUUCUUGCUUAUCGUAAUAGUUUUCAUAGUGAUAAUAUUGAAUCACUGCAAAGUGUUGCUGCUGUGGCUGUUGUGUCUGCAAAAAUACUGGUCGAAGAUAUCUCUUAUGAGUAUCAUAGGAGAAGGAAAGAAGGUGGGGAUGUAGCCCAUAAUAGAAUUGACACUUACAUAAGGUCAUCGUUGCGUGCUGCUUUUUUUCAGAAAAUGGAGAAGUUUAAAUCAAGCAAGCAUCGUAGACAACAGCAAAAUUCCCUUCCUGUCUUGUCCCUCCUUGCUCAAGACAUUAGUGAACUGGCUUUUAGCGAGAAGGCAAUGUUCAGUCCAAUAUUUAAGAGAUGGCACCCUCUUGCAGCAGGAGUAGCAGUAGCCACCCUCCAUUCUUGCUAUGGAAAUGAGCUGAAGAAAUUUUUUUCAGGCGUUAGUGAAUUGACACCUGAUGCAAUUCAGGUGCUGAGUGCUGCUGACAAAUUGGAGAAAGAUCUUGUGCAGAUUGCAGUUGAGGAUGCAGUGGACAGUGAAGAUGGUGGAAAGUCAAUAAUUCAAGAGAUGCCUCCUUAUGAGGCUGAAACUUUGAUUGCCAAUCUUGUGAAAUCUUGGAUGAGAACAAGAGUUGACAUGCUGAAGGAAUGGGUAGAUAGGAAUCUGCAACAAGAGGUAUGGAAUUCACAGGCAAACAAAGAGCGAAUUGCUCCUUCUGCUGUUGAAGUUCUACGAAUUUUUGAUGAAACUUUAGAGGCAUUCUUCCUGUUGCCAAUACUUAUGCAUCAAAGCUUGCUUCCUGACUUGGUAACUGGGCUUGACAGAUGUCUCCAAAAUUACAUCUUGAAGACAAAAUCUGGUUGUGGGACCCGAAGUACUUUCCUUCCUACUAUGCCUGCAUUGACCAGGUGUACUGCAGGAUCCAAAUUCCAUGUGUUCAAAAAGAAGGAGAAGUCACAUGUAACCCAGAGAAGGAAAUCUCAGGUCGGAUCUACAAAUGGGGAUGCCUCCUAUGGGAUACCCCAGCUAUGUGUACGUAUUAAUACUUUGCAGCACAUUCGCAUGCAACUAGAAGUCUUGGGAAAGAGAACAGUCAUUCAACUGAGGAAUUCUAAAUCAAUUCAAGAGGAUGGUCUUGCUAAUGGGAUGGGGGUGAAGUUUGAGCUUUCAGCAGCUGCUUGUGUGGAAGGAAUUCAACAACUCUGUGAGGCAACAGCGUAUAAGGUGGUCUUCGAUGACCUAAGUCAUGUUCUUUGGGAUGGCCUGUAUGUUGGAGACGUUUCGUCUUCUAGGAUUGAGCCUUUUCUUCAGGAACUUGAGCAGUAUUUGGAAAUUAUCUCAUCUACAGUGCAUGACAGGGUCAGAACAAGAGUUAUCACUGAUGUGAUGAAGGCAUCCUUUGAUGGAUUUUUAUUGGUUUUACUUGCUGGUGGCCCUUCCCGUGCUUUCACUCUGCAGGAUUCUGAAAUGAUUGAAGAUGAUUUUAAAUUUCUCACAGAUUUGUUCUGGUCUAACGGAGAUGGAUUGCCAACUGAGUUAAUAAAUAAGUUUUCUACCACAGUUAAGGCUGUGCUUCCUUUAUUUCAUACCGACACUGAGAGUAUAGUUGAACGAUUUAAGAGCCUUACACUAGAGAGUUAUGGUUCUUCUGCUAAAUCCAGGCUUCCAUUGCCUCCAACUUCAGGCCAGUGGGGCCCUACCGAACCAAACACACUAUUGAGAGUUUUGUGUUAUCGGAAUGAUGAAACAGCUGCGAAGUUCCUGAAGAGGACUUACAACUUACCCAAGAAGCUGUAACAACCUUGCAUAUGUGGGAUGAUGAGGUGUUACAGUUCUCAGGUGAAGAACUGCAAUGAAAAUAAUUGUGGCAUUGCCAGUAUAUAUUAUAUCAAAAUGAGAUCAAAAGCUCCAACAACAUGGUUUUGCUGUAUAUCGUGAUAGAGACAGUACACUUUUGCGGAUAGAAUACUCUCAUGUAUAGUGUAUUUAUUGGUUUGAUUCUUUGAGUUUGAAGCUUUAACUGAGCAGUUAUAGUCUUGCUGGAGAACUUCACAGGACUGCUCCUGUUCCUUUUAUGUAGAGGGCUAACAACAUUUGGAAAUUUAUACAUCUCAAGGAAAGAGUGCAGGCAUCUUUCUAUUAAUUAUUUGGUGCUCAAAAGGAACGAUUCCUCCAUUGGAAUUGCAUAAUGAGAAGCAUUUGAUGGAUUUGGUGGGCUGUUUGGCUCUUACUCUUUGUUUUUCCAAAAAAAAAGUCUUAUAUUCUUAUUCCAUAAGUCUUCAGUUGCUGAGACCGACUACAGAGAUCAAAGAUAAAGAUUUGGUAGUUUAAUUGUGAUAAACUUGAUAGCUGUGAAUGAGUUUGUGGAUUGACUGAUUGAGCAACAUUUGCAUCACAAUCGUUGUAUAAAUAUAAUGCUGUAAUUUUGCAUUGGUUCCUGA